AGAAUAGAUAACUCUAACAUUACACUUCCUGUGUGACGUUCCGUCAAAACUAGCCGGGAACACUGAGUAACACAGAUUCACACAGACUGACAGAUACACAGAACCUCUAGUCAUGAGAACAUGGGCCUUGAUUCUGACUGGCCUGUUUGUUCACAUUGUGUUUUUCUACUCCAUAUUUGACAUCUACUUCACCUCACCUUUGGUGCAUGGUAUGACACCAGUUGUGUCCAAUGAAUCUCCCCCAGCAAAAAGACUUGUCCUGUUUGUUGCUGACGGUCUCAGAGCGGACAAGUUUUUCGAGAUUGAUGGUGAUGGAAAAUCGAGAGCUCCGUAUCUUAGAACUGUCAUAGAGGAAACAGGAGCCUGGGGUGUGUCCCACACUCGAGUGCCCACAGAGUCCCGGCCUGGUCAUGUAGCACUAAUUGCAGGCUUUUAUGAGGAUGUCAGUGCAGUUGCUAAAGGCUGGAAGGAGAAUCCUGUGGAAUUUGACUCUGUGUUCAAUGAGAGUCGUUAUACAUGGUCCUGGGGCAGCCCAGACAUACUGCCCAUGUUUGCUAAAGGGGCCAGUGGUGACCAUGUGUUGACUGACCAGUAUCCAUCUGAGCUAGAGGACUUUGCAGACUCUGACUCCUCCAAGUUGGACACUUGGGUGUUUGAUCGUGUCAAGGCAUUAUUUGAGAGGGGGAGAAGGGAUAACAAACUGGCAGAACAACUAAAUCAGGACAAGAUCGUAUUCUUCUUCCACCUCCUGGGGAUAGACACGAAUGGUCACUCCCACAAACCACAGUCAAAAGAAUAUUUGGAGAAUAUUGGACUGGUGGAUUCUGGGAUAAAGAAGAUGACAGAGCUGAUAGAACAGUAUUAUGGCAAUGAUGGGAAAACAUCCUACCUGAUGACAGCUGACCACGGCAUGACUAACUGGGGUUCCCACGGAGCUGGACAUCCUCACGAGACCUUGACCCCGCUGGUUGCCUGGGGAGCUGGGGUCAGACAGCCAGUAACUAGGCAACACACAUCAGACCCAGACUCCUAUUCUGAAGAUUGGAAUCUGAAAACACUAAUGCGGUCAGAUGUCCAACAGGCUGACAUUGCCCCACUGAUGGCCUAUCUUAUCGGAGUUCCUUACCCUGUCAACUCUGUGGGCGUCCUUCCCAUUGACUACCUUGACUGUGAUGAUCGCCAGAAAUCUCAGAGUCUGUACGCCAACGCCAGACAGAUUCUGUCUCAGUACCAGAUUAAAAUGGAAAAGAAAAAACAAACGACUUUAUCUAUGACCUUCAGACCAUACAGUGAAUUAACUCCUGCUAUACAAGCUGAAAUGAUAAGAACCAUCAACAAGCUGAUACAAGCUGGCGACUAUUCUACAGCGAUAAAGGAGUCCCAGGAACUGAUGCGUCUGACUUUACAGGGUCUGAAUUAUUACCAGACUUACGACAGGUUCUUCCUUGGUGUAAGCAUUACCAGUGGAUUCAUUGGCUGGACAUUGUACAUCCUGGUUCUGGUUGUCAAGGAGCACACAGACGUUGUCAGAGUCAGAGUGAAGCUUGUUACGCUCCAACAGCCUGUACUUCUACGAAGGGAGAUGAUCGUUGGUGGAUACAGCAGUUUAGGAGCUCUAAUCUUCAUCUUACUGGCAGUUCAGUCCCUGCCAUGGACAUAUUACCUGUACUGCCUUUUACCUGUGGCUUUGUGGACUGUGGUUACCCUUAACUGGUAUGUGCUACAGGAUUGUUCUCAGCGACUGAAGGCCUCACCAACUGGAGUCUGUAGUAGUCUCUGUCUGACGGUGCUGAUGUGUAUACUAGGACUAGAGAUACUGGUCGCUGGCUUUUUCUACCGUGAGUUACUGUCGGUGGGACUUGUGUGUAUGGGAGUGCUACCUCUGUUGUCUUCAUCCCAGAGUUCAGACAGGGUGAUACGUUUUGGAUGGGCGGUCAGCAGCCUCACUCUGGCGAUAUUUCCCUUGAUGCCUGUCGUUGGUCGUGAAACUAACUACCUACUUGUGGGAGGUGCAGGCAUGCUUGCCAUAUGUACAGGUGUUCUAGCCAUACACAGAUUACAGCAUUCCAGCUCACCUAGUCAGCAUAUCUUCAGUAUAAACUGGAUACAGAUUGCCCUAACAGCAAUGUCUGUGUAUAUAGUCAUGUCUACCUCCUCCAGUAUACAGAGAAAACAGGGGCUUCCUGUCAUCAACCAGGUCUUUAGCUGGCUUAUAUUAGGUGUUUCAUUAGUGAUACCCAUGUUGUCGGGAACAGGUGUGCUACAUCGAGUAUUGACCAUCACACUAGCCUACCUUCCCCUGUACCUGCUCCUCAGCAUCUCUCAUGAGGGACUCUUUGUAAUCACUCUCUGCUACCUGUUAUAUUUCUGGUUACAACUGGAAGAAGAUACAAGUAGUCAAAUGACCGGGCAUAUGAAACAGGUCGGAUCUAUAGACUUUGUCUCCCCAUUAAUGUCAGAAAUAAAACUACAACAACGCUACCUCCAGUUGGAAGAUGUCCGCAGAGCUUUUUAUUUUGUUUUCCUCAUGCUGACAGGAUUUUUCGGUACUGGGAAUAUUGCCAGUAUCAAUAGCUUUGAACCUGCAUCAGUGUACUGUUUUUUGACAGUCUUCAGUCCGUUCACCAUGGGAACUCUUAUGAUGUUAAAGAACGUGAUACCGCUCGUGCUUGUGACAUGUACGUUCCGAGCCAUCCAUAUCACUACGAACGUUCCCAUCCGGGCGUUGUUCUUGCUCGUGCUGGCCAUGUCUGACCUCAUGGCACUGAACUUUUUCUUCUUGGUCCGUGACUAUGGGAGUUGGCUCGAGAUCGGUACGAGCAUAAGCCACUACGUGAUUGUCAUGUGUAUGAUCAUAUUCCUCAUGCUGCUAUUCGGUCUGUCGCACGGACUCACCACAUUCUCAAUGAUCCCACGCAAAUCACUCAAGACCGGAGCGGGUUCACCACAUUCUCAGUGAUCCCAUGCAAAUCACACAGGAACUGAGCGGGUUCACCACAUUCUGACACAAUCUGACAAGAACUGAUUCAACACAUUCUCAAUGAUCCCUCGCAAAUCUUGUAGGAAUUGAACGUUUUUAUCACAUUCUCCGUGAUCCGUUUGAAAUCUUGAAGGAAUAACUGAACGGGUUCACCACAUUCUCAGUAACCCCACGCAAAACUCACAGGGACUGAGCGGUGAACAACAUACCUAGUUAUCACGCGCAAAUCUGAGACAAGAACUGAGCUGAUUCACCACAUUCUUAGUGAUCGCAAACAAAUGUCACAGGAACUGAACCGGUUCACCACAGACUCUUUUGGUCACACGUAAAUCCCGCAGGAACUGAUAGUGUUGACUAUGUUCUCUAUCUGUCGCCUCUGAAGACUGAGAUUUGAGUUUAUUUUUCAUUAUAUUUUAUUACUAAAAUAUCUUACACAGAAAUGAAAAGAGCUUAAAAGCAGUUUUAAAAUAAUGCGAAUGAUUAGUAAUUUUAUAAUAAAAUUAUUUUAAACAAUAUUAUUUAAAUAUGUGUUUAUCUAUUCCAAAACAAUCGCCAAUUCGCUAUUUUACUAAUUAAAUAGGAUAGAUUUUAACUUUUACAACAUAUUUCAUUAAAUAGCUUAAUCAAACAUCAACGGCAUGAAAUCCUGCUCUUAAUAUAGAGAUAGAUUUUAAUUUAGUAUGGAUCGUCCUUACGUCGUGUGUUCAUGUUGGAGAUAUACACGUCACGAUAUGUAAACAACAUCCGCAUGUAUGGCGACGUGGUAGCCUGUGUUGAUAAUAAAGG